GAUGGUCUCCACGUGACAAAUAUCCAACGUGAUUCAGGAGAGAAAAAUCAAAAGGCGUUUCGUUUCAGGACGGUAAAUGGCAGCGAGCCUCAAGCUUUGUUUUCUUUGGUCGUCUUCACAAACAGUAUGGUCAAGAAAGUCAGCAGAACUUGACAAAGGUUCCCUGAGCUGUACAUGUUCUGUUUCCUGAGAUUCUAGAAGCUCCUGGACUGAAAUACAAUGAGGUUUCAUGUGUACAAUCUGGUCCUGUUGGGAUUAACUUGCGUCAUCUCCGAAUACGGUCCAAACCAGAGAGCACAGAAGAAAGGAGACAUCAUACUAGGAGGACUUUUUCCUAUUCAUUUUGGAGUGACGGCAAAAGAUCAGGAUUUAGCAUCAAGGCCAGAAUCUACAGAGUGUGUGAGGUAUAACUUUCGAGGAUUCCGCUGGUUGCAAGCUAUGAUAUUUGCUAUUGAAGAAAUAAACAACAGUAGCACCCUUCUCCCAAACAUCACCCUGGGCUACAGGAUAUUCGACACCUGCAACACUGUGUCCAAAGCCCUGGAGGCCACCUUGAGCUUCGUGGCUCAAAACAAGAUCGACUCCCUGAACCUGGAUGAGUUCUGUAACUGCUCAGAGCACAUCCCCUCCACCAUAGCUGUGGUGGGAGCCACAGGGUCUGGAAUUUCAACCGCAGUAGCCAACCUGCUGGGACUGUUCUACAUCCCGCAGGUUAGCUAUGCGUCCUCCAGUAGACUUCUGAGCAACAAGAACCAGUAUAAGUCUUUUCUGCGGACCAUUCCUACUGAUGAGCACCAGGCAACGGCCAUGGCUGACAUCAUAGACUACUUCCACUGGAACUGGGUGAUAACGAUUGCUGCAGACGAUGACUACGGCCGACCGGGAAUUGAGAAGUUUGAACAAGAGGUUAGCGAUCGAGAUAUCUGCAUUGACUUUGGCGAGCUCAUCACGCAGUAUUCUGACGAGGAGCACAUCCAGGGGGUCGCUGACCGCAUCCAGAACUCCUCGGCGAAGGUCAUCGCUGUGUUCUCGAGCGGCCCAGAUCUGGAGCCUCUGAUCAAGGAGAUUGUCCGGCGGAACAUCACUGACCGGAUCUGGCUGGCGAGUGAGGCGUGGGCCAGCUCUUCUCUCAUCGCCCUGCCAGAGUUUUUCCACGUGGUCGGCGGCACCAUCGGGUUCGCCCUCAGGGCUGGACAAAUACCCGGCUUCCAGCAGUUUUUGCAACAAGUGCAGCCCACAAAAUCUUCACACAAUGGGUUCGUCAGGGAGUUUUGGGAAGAAACCUUCGAUUGCUCUCUGGGCGGCAGUUCUGACUCCAAAACCACAGGGCCUUUGACCAGACGUCAUAUGGAACCAUCUCAGAGUGGAAACAAAAGUGUGAACGUCAGGCCCCUUUGCACAGGAGAGGAAAACAUCACCAGUGUGGAGACCCCCUACUUGGACUUCACUCACCUGCGGAUCUCCUACAACGUGUAUGUGGCUGUGUACUCCAUUGCCCAUGCCUUGCAGGACAUCCUCACCUGCACCCCUGGGAAAGGCCUCUUUACUAAUGGCUCAUGCGCAGACAUUAAGAAAGUUGAAGCGUGGCAGGUCCUAAAACAACUGAGGCACUUAAACUUCACGAAUAGCAUGGGAGAGCAGGUGGACUUCGACGAGAGUGGGGACCUGCUCGGGAACUACACCAUUAUCAACUGGCACCGCUCGCUAGAAGACGGCUCAGUUGUGUUCGAAGAGGUUGGCCUCUACAACAUGAAUGCUAAAAAAGGGGAGAGACUCUUUGUUGAUGAAAGAAAAGUACUAUGGAACGGAUUUGUCAGAGAAGUGCCGUUUUCAAACUGCAGUAUGGACUGUGAGCCAGGCACCAGAAAAGGGAUCAUCGAGGGGGAGCCUACCUGCUGCUUUGAGUGUGUGGAGUGUCCUGAAGGGGAGUACAGUGAUGAAACAGAUGCAAGCGAGUGCUUUAAGUGCCCUCCUGACUCCUGGUCCAAUGAAAACCACACAUCCUGCAUUCUCAAGCAGAUCGAGUAUCUUUCCUGGACCGAACCCUUUGGAAUAGCGUUGACCCUGUUUGCCGCACUGGGGAUUUUUCUGACCUCCUUUGUAUUGGGAGUUUUUGUGAAAUUCCGUAACACUCCCAUUGUGAAGGCCACCAACAGGGAGCUCUCCUACCUCCUCCUGUUCUCACUCAUCUGCUGCUUCUCCAGCUCCCUGAUCUUCAUCGGCGAGCCCAAAGACUGGACCUGCAGGCUUCGCCAACCGGCCUUCGGGGUCAGCUUUGUGUUCUGCAUCUCCUGCAUCCUGGUGAAGACCAACCGAGUCUUGCUGGUCUUCGAGGCGAAAAUACCCACCAGCCUUCACCGGAAAUGGUGGGGUCUGAAUCUCCAGUUCCUCCUGGUUUUUCUUUGCACGUUUGUGCAGAUCAUGACCUGCGUGAUUUGGCUUUACAAUGCACCCCCAUCGAGCUACUGGAACAGUGAGCUGGAGGAUGAGAUCAUUUUUAUCACCUGUAACGAGGGCUCCCUGAUGGCUCUUGGCUUCCUGAUAGGCUACACCUGCCUCCUGGCAGCUGUCUGUUUUUUCUUCGCCUUCAAGUCCCGCAAACUCCCCGAGAACUUCAACGAGGCCAAGUUCAUCACUUUCAGCAUGCUCAUCUUCUUCAUCGUCUGGAUCUCCUUCAUCCCUGCCUACGUCAGCACCUACGGCAAGUUUGUGUCGGCCGUGGAGAUUAUCGCCAUCCUUGCCUCCAGCUUCGGGCUGCUGGCCUGCAUCUUCUUCAACAAGAUCUACAUCAUCCUGUUCAAGCCUUCGAGGAACACGAUCGAGGAGGUGCGGUGCAGCACAGCCGCUCACGCCUUCAAAGUGGCAGCCAGGGCCACUCUGCGGAGGAAUACGGUGUCGCGGAAGAGGUCCAAUAGCAUCGGCUCCUCCGUCUCCACACCCUCAUCCUCCAUGAGCUGCAAGAGCAAUGCCGAAGAGCCUUCCUCCCCCACAGCGCGGCAGAAAGGCUGCAAGCAGAAGGUCAGCUUCAGCAGCGGGACUGUCACCCUCUCCCUCAGCUUCGAGGAGUCCAGGAAGAACUCUGUGCCCUGCAAGAACAUGAGGAGGAAGAACUCUCUGGAAGCCAAAAACAGUGACGACAGUCUGAUGAGACACAAGGCCUUGCUUCCUCUUCAGAACAGCGAGGCAGGGAGCGACGCCAGCUUCAGGACAGCCAGCAACAACCCGUCUCAGGAGUCGGUCGGGGAAGCCAAAAAAGAAGAAACCCCGAAUUCUGAAGAAACAGCUUCCUUCCCAUCGGUGAACUCUGUACAUUUUGAUACCAACUUUUCUUAAUAUAGCGGAAGAAGAUGGGAAAGACAUCUCCCCGUAGUCCUGAACUGUGUAAAUAAGCUUCUGUUUCUGAAUAUUAUUAUACACAAAGUUCUGCCUUAGAACAACUGUAUUGCUUUGGAUGUUCUCAAAAGGUUUUGACUGAACAGACAAAGGCAGUGUCAUACAUGUUUAAUACCCUGCAGCUGAGUGUAAUAAUCCGAGUUUCAGACCAGGGUUAUCUUCUAUCUGUGGAGGAAACAGAAUAUAUGAUACGUGUAUGUGUGCAGUGCUUUUAAUGCAUAUUGGAGCCAGCUUUUGAUUCCACUAAAAUUCCACUGUUUUAUGACACUAAAAUUCUGGAGGGGCUGCAUGUAAAAAGAUAUGUGGAUAUAAUCCAACAAUCUGACUGGAUAAUAAGCAUUCAAUAAUAUUUUUUUAUUCAUUUCACGAGUAAAAUAACACACUUUGUGAGUAAGUGAAGAUUUUGUGAUGUGAUUGACCAAGAAGGUCAAUCACAUCACGUAUGGUAUUUCAAAGCAGUAUCAAGGGCGAUUCAUUUGUGUUUAUUUGUUUGAUCCAUUUUACAAAAAAAAUCAUAUUUUUUAAGCAAUUUGAGUUUCCGUAUAUACUUGUAUAUAAAGAAUAUUUUUUAAUUAUAAUUGUAUGGGGUUUAGAUUUGAAAAAGUACUGAAAAUGUACUUAUUACAACAGACUGAAUAUUGGCAUUGAUUGUUCUUCAAACAUGAAUAGAUUAGUGCAGCUAAAUUCUCUAUUCCAUCAAGACAAGAUAUGAUUUUGAUGCGUUAUUAAAAUAAUUAAAAUGUAGGGCUUUGAUGGAUUAGAAAAAAAUGGGAUGAUUAAUCUGGUCCACCUGAGUGCGGUAUCAAAAAACAGUGUGGGGAAAAAAUACAUCUUGAAAAAUGGCGAAGGGUACUUCUAAAGACCAGGGCAAAAGGGCAACUGGAAGGUGUGUCAGAAUGAAGAGAGAAAGACUGCAACUUGCAGCAUUUUAUCAUCCGUGCUUUCCUUUCACAGCAGUGCUACAAGUUUAUCGUAUCGUUUUAGUUGCAAGUAAGCUGGGUUUUCUUUUUAUCCAUCGUAUUUCUUUCAAACGGUAGCAGAACAUGAACAGUUACUGUAUAUAGCAUGCAAUCAAUUCUUCAGCUAACCUAAAUAAAAUAGCACUCAGUAAGUUACCUUUGUUAGCCUGAAACAUGAAAGCUUACAGUGUGUAGAAAAAUGGAUCUGUUAAAUAGAGUAUUGUAGGUUGUUGUGCAACUGGUAAUUUACAGUAAUAUAUAUAUAUAUCUACACUCUUUUUGUUAAUAUAUACAUUCUUUUUGUAUGUUUAAUCUUUUUCUUUUAGACAUGGCAUUUAGCUGAAGGAAACGCAGGCAGGCAGUACAGCUAAAAGAAUGUCAGGUCACGUCACUAAAAGGGAUUACUUGUAAUUGUCUUUUAAUACAGUUUCAUGUCAUGAGCAAACAAGUGUGAUUAAUCAAUUAAUAGAUUGUAGAUCGGAUGAUUAAUCAGUCAAUAAAUGUCAAGAUUAAAACCACUAAUUAAAUGUAAUGCAUACAUCAACAGUUAAUAAGAAAUGGUAUAUAUAUAUAUAUUGAUAGUGUAUUCUCAGUAGGACCUCCUGGUAAAUUAGCAUUGGCAUUUUGAGCCUAAAAGUUGGUAGUGCAGUAGUUUACAAAUAUACAAAUCCGAGGAAAGAGACUGAUAAAAUAUGUUAAUCCACAAUGUGUAUCUGAACUACAGGGGUGAAAACCAGUUUCAUUUUCUGUGUAAAAACAUAUCAUAAGCACUCCAAAACCAGAAAACAUGCUGUAAAUACACCUUUCAAAGCUUUAUAGGGAGUCUUCAAAUCUAGAUUUUAUAUAUAUAUAUAUAUUCACUUAACAAAAUUCUAUUCUAGAAUACAUGUCUCUCACAUUUCAAUGGAUGUUGGAAUCUAAUGAGAAAAGCAAUGCUCUAACAUUAUUAGCAGGCCUGAAAAAAAAAAAGUUGUUUUUUGAGAUUGCAGAAUGAUGCCAGCCCUUAUACAAGUUUACUGCAGUAUACUACGACACAUGCAGAGCAAAGUAUAGUGAAAGCAUGGUGAAGCUUGAUAAAGCACUGUAUAGUCAACACCAUGUUAAAGAUAGAGGACUAGGAUGUUAAUAGUUUAGAGAAUUUUGUUUAAACCAUUGUCAAAAAUAUGAGUGUCAAUUAUAGAUAUAGUUAGUCUUGGUGGUAGUGCUGUAGUAAAAAUGCAGUGUAAGGAGAUUUUGUUUUGUUUUUUAUAUUCUAUAAUCUAUUCCAUACACAUCACUGUUGAACACAUUUAGUCUUACACAGAAAUGUCGUAGUAAUUCAUAAAAUAAAAGCUUCUCAUGCUGGCUUUUCUGAGUGGUUACAAAGAUGACCAAUAUUGCAAUACUCUAUGUCCCCUGAGUGGCUCACCUGGUAACAGUGCAGUUGUGUGGGAUGCAGGGUGAGUCAUACAGUGCAGGUUCACGUCCUGGCUGUGCAAGGUAGCGGUCUUUAAUGGAGAUUUCCGAAGGGAACGUCACAUUGGCUCUGGCUCUCCCGUGGGUUAGAGAGGCAAAACCGGCAGGGACGCUUUCUCUUCAUCGCUCUACAGCGAACCCUGCUGGCCAGGCGCCCAGUGAGCUCAGAGCAGACACCUGCAGGGCUGGCCUUUGCCCUCCAGAGGUCGCUAACAUCUGCUUUCGAGUUCUUGGGUGUAAAAGAGGAAGCUGGCAUGGUCAUGGGAUCGGUGGAGCCCCACUGAACCUUCAAUUCUCCUGAGCUGUGUGGGGAAUUGCUGGGAUGAGGGGGAAAAAUGAUUGGACUCUCCAAAUUGGGAAGAAAAUAGGUCCUUCAAAUACUGUCUAUGUAUGUCCCUAGUAGUGGAUUGACAUAAUGGGUGAGAUUUACAAAGCUGUAAAAUAAGGUCUUUAACUCGCUUACGAGGUUUCAGAAAAGCAGCAGCCUUAGAUACUGAGGCAAAAGCUGAACAAAUCAGGCCUCAAUGAAGUUUUAUUAAUUAUCGAUUACAUGUUUGUGACUUCUCAGAGAGCAAGCGGAUUGUUUUGUUUGUGUGUUAAAGCUGAAAAAAACCCUUCAAAGCACUGUCUGUAAAUUCCUUAACUAAAUAAAAAAUAAAGUAUUUGUCUUGUGUGCUGUUUAAU